AUGGCGCCGGAUGGCGCCAUGGCGGCACGCGCUGCGAAACCCAGGCACUCCGUGGACUCUUGUGGCGGGCACUCCGGUGCUUUUUCUUGGGAGAAGCUGAGGGUGAAUGAAGAGAACAGGAUGGAAAUGUGCAAGGUCCUGGCAACUCGCGGCUGGUGUGUGCUGGAGCUGCCAGAUUCGUUGAAGCGCCUUUGCGCAGAGAUGCAGGACUUGGCCCAAGAGUUCUUCCGACGGCCCCGCAAUGAGCGCUGUGCCCUUGGCCGACUGCGCCUCUACCGGGACAAGGUGGUGGGCUACCGUGAGCUGGCAGGGGGGUCCGCGCGCUUCUUGGAGGUGCAUGCGCGUGCUGCGGGGCGUGGUGGCCUUCCUGCACCCAAGGUUCCCGCAGCUUUGGGCCGCAGAGCAGCCGAGCUGCACCAGUCUCUGCAGGCCUUGGCGAGGUCCUUGAUCACGUGGAUGGCGGAGUUUCUGGAAAUUCCACCCGAGGCGCUGCUCCAGAGCCUCGACGAGGCCUCGCUUUCGAACUUAGAGGACGGCGACUGCAGCGCGUCGGUGUUGCGUCUCUGCAGCUACGGCUUCCAGGCCGAAGCCGAAGAAGCCGAGGCCAAAUUCGAGGGCUCGGAGGUCGCAGCGGAGCUGGAAUCAGUUGUCUUCGACGAGCACACGGAUGCCUCCUUCCUGACCCUCGCGCCCGUGGGCUCUCUUCCCGGGUUGCAGUUCCGGGAUCUUGAAAGCCCUGGACUGCCCUGGUUGGAUGUGGAGUCAGGACUGUCGCAGGGUCACUUGGUCGCAUUCGUCGGCGACUUCCUGGAGGUUCUGACAAGGGGUGCAUACGUGGCUUGCAGACACCGUGUCUGCUGUGAGGACUCGGGAAAACAGCGGUUUAGCAUGCCAUUUCUGGUCCGCGGCCAGCCCAGCAAAGUUCUGGACACACGCAGGUGGACCAAGGAUGCUAGCGGAGCUCUUGACGUCGACAUGCCUCAAACAGGAUUCCAGGAGCUUCCAUUGCUGAGGCUUGAAGGAAUUGUGUACUCCGAGCUCCGGCAGUUCUUGGACCUAAAAGGUCACAAGCCUGGAAAAGAGCCGUUUGCAGCACUGCAAAUCGCAGCAGGAGGUGAGAUGAUUGCACCGAUUGCACAUGGCAGGAUGACUGUGGAGGCACGUAAAGUCUACGUCCUCCACCUGCGUUGGGUUUUCUCUCCCUUUGGCCUCACUGCCGCUCUCAGACGAGCCGCCGCCACUGCCUGCGGAGCCACCGCCGGCAGGCAGCGUCUCCGCCAGUAUGUUACCCAGCUUCCGUACUUGACGGCGUACUUGCCUUUACCUCAGCUGCCGGCGAAGUUGAGACAGCGCUUGCUCCAGCGGGGCAUCCUCAAAGCCGCCGACGUGGAACAAACCGCGCCAGAGCCAGCGGUCACCGCCCCGCCUGCCAUGGCCGUCCAGGCGAAAGCCAGAGCCUUGGAUCUGCCACCGAUGCCCUCUUUUACCCCGAUGGAUUUGGCCGCGGCGCAAUCCGCAGCGGCUGCAGCUGCAGCUCGCAUCGAUGCGGACUGGGCCACGGUUAUGGCACCGCCAAUGCCCGCAGCCGUUCAGACAAGACCUCAGCAGGUCUACGCCUCGGCUCCUGUCCUACGGACGGAGCUCAAACGGACAGCGCCUUGCUCCGAGCCAGAAGCGAAGCGGCAGAUGCUGCAGGCUCCCCAGCCUCCCCCGCCUGCUCCGGGGCCUCCACCGGGGCCUCCGCUGCCCCCGGGCUGGGUGCGAGUCCCACACGAGGGCGAGUUCUACUUCUGGAACAUGAACACCAACGAAGUUUCCUGGGAAGACCCGUCGCUCGUCGAGGAGAAGAAAGGCCAGGCGAAGAAGGAGAAGGAGCCCAAGUUUAGGGAAGAGCACAGGGUGCUCUGGACGGACCUUGGGAAGAUCAUCGGGAGGCAGGGGAUGAACUUGAAGAUCAUCAAGGCAUCGAUCGGCUGCGAGAUCCAGGUGCCGAGGCAAGAGAAGGACGGCAAAGGCAAGGAUGCUAAAGAUGGGAAAGGCAAGGGCAAGAAAGGUAAGAUGCGUGAUGCCGACGGCAACAAAAUUGGUCGCGGCAUAGGUGACGGAAGCACCAAGUUGAAGGACGACCAGUUCUGCACUUUGACCGUGACGGCGGACACUGCGAUGAAGGCAAACGGAGGCAAGCGUUGCAUCGAGAUCAUGUUGGGCUACGGUCGGAACGUGGAACGGGCCUUGGCGGACUUGGGCGUCGAGGCGAAGCUGCCAAGCCUCGAGGAGAUGACGGGGGUGAAGACCAAGAAGAAGGACAUCGAUCCCAUGGACCCCGCGUCCUACAGCGAUGCGCCUGCUGGUGCGUGGUCCGCUGGCCUCAAGAAGCCAGGACAAAAGGCGGGAGCGCAGGGAUCAGCUCCCCGAGAUUCCAAGACCGCGAAUGCAGAAAGGUUCUGA